UGACGACGGUACUGACAUCAGCAAUCUCGCUACUGGCCGAGGCUGUGUUUGGAGUAAGGGGAAAUAAAAACAAAAUAGUUGGACUAUCUCUGCGUAGGAUAUUAUAAAAUGCCCAGCAAGAAGAAGAAAUACAAUGCCAGAUUUCCUCCGGCCAGAAUUAAGAAGAUAAUGCAAACGGAUGAGGAAAUAGGCAAAGUUGCUGCUGCAGUUCCGGUUAUAAUCUCUCGGGCUCUUGAACUCUUCCUGGAGUCACUCCUGACAAAAGCAUGUCACGUCACACAGUCUCGGAACGCCAAGACCAUGACCACAUCACACUUGAAGCAGUGCAUCGAGCUGGAGCAGCAGUUUGACUUCCUGAAGGACCUGGUGGCAGCCGUGCCUGACAUGCAGGGGGAAGGGGAGGACAACCACACGGAAGGAGCCGGGGAGAAGGUCCCACGCAGAGGUCGCAAGCCAGGAUCGGGUCGCAAGAACGGAGGUGCAGGCGCCAAGGGCAAAGAUAAGAAGCUGUCAGGCACAGAAUCGGAGCAGGAGGAGGACUCGGAAGACAGCGAGACAGACGGUGAUGAGGAGGACGGCUCCCAGUCGAGCACCAAUCAGCAGUCAGCGUCACACUUCCACAGUCACAACAUGCCCCCACAGUACAUGCACAUGGGCCCAUUACCGGGGGGUGUGGCGCCCAUGCAGCCAGCCUCCUUCGCUCCCCACCCCUCGCUGAUGACCACAGGGCUCCCACCUGCCCCCGUGCCCCACCCAGGCCAGGAAGACGAUGACGAGGACUACGACUCUUAGCUCCCCCCGUCCUCUCCUCCCCUCUUUCUCCUCCUCCUCCUCCUCUGCUCUUUUACAGAUUAUUUUACUCGUAUGUUCUUCUCUCAUUUGACUGCCUGCUUUUGCUCUCGUAGAGGGUCGAUAUAGGGCAUCUUUGCUGGGGUGGGAAGAGAGGGAGGGAGGGUCAAUGACAGGAGGUCAUAACUCGUAAUGUAAGGAAAUGCCCCCAAACCCCCUUGUCUGAGUACCUCUACUGCACAGGAGCGAUUUCUUGAUAGUGUAAAAGAUAAGCAGCAGUCACCAUGUGAAGACUCAAGACUUGGUUGUAUAUUAGAUAAUGUGUUUUUGUUUUUUUUUUUUUUUUAAUUCUUAUUUUAUUGUGAAGCAGGAAGACAGGAAGGAGUAAAAAAAAACAAAAAAAAAAACAUAGAAUCCAGAGACUGCUUCUAACGUUCUUACGUCAGAAAUGUUGAGAUGAAAGGCAAAGGUCCUGGAUUAGUUUAGGAGAUCUCCUUUUUAGUUUGCACUUCAUAUGUGUCUCCUAUAGUUUCCAUCAAUCACACUCACAGUUAAAAACAAAUGCAAAUACACAAGGAAAGGAACUAUACAUAUCACUACCCACUCCCUACAGUUCACUACAGAGCCACAGCUUCUCUGUUUUGCAGUUCAGAAAAAUUAAAUCACACCUCUACUCCCCAUAACAGAGGAAUGAUCGAUUUUAAAUCAUUCAUUCUCAGCAUAGUGCACAGGCUGUAACAAAAUAUUGCCAUUGUAACACAUGGGAUACUUCACAUGUAGACAGUCCCUUUUCAUUCUCUUUUUUCACCAUGGCAGAGAAUACUGGCAUCACACCCAAGAAAAGAAUGGAUUUACUAAAUUAAUUCUCCAACACCUUUUCUACGCUUGUUGUCUUGUAAAUUGGUAAUUUUUUAAUUAUUAUGAACCCCCCCACCCCACCACCCGUCAACAAUAUCUCAAAUCUCAAAGUCUGUACGCUGAGGCAACGUGAGGUGCAAACUUUUUAAAAGCUCAUUUUGGGAAUUCAUCUCACUCGCCUCAGUCAUAUUGCUCCAAAGGGGUUUUUACGCCGUUAUUAUUUUUUCCGUUGUUGUCGUUUAUUUUUCUCGUGUCCCGACACCGCCACACUGGCUUUCAUGGAUUUGAGAAGAACGGAGCAGGCCCUCGUACGUGAACAUGUCCAGAUAUGGCGCCGAACCGGCCCAGCUCUGGCCUUGUUUCAGAUUUAGCUGCUAUCCCAGGUCAUUUAUGACACUUAAGUCUCACUUAAAUCUUCUAAUGUACCUCAACAUAGACGUUAAGAUAUUUACAUGACAUUCGUUCCCCACCCUCCCAUUCUUUUAGAUUGUUUUAAUCUGCUCAGAAAGGUCCCUCUCCUUCAAUUGUAUUUCUGCUUCCCUCCUCCCUCAAAAUGUUCGAUUUGAAGUUGUAUGUAAACUUUUAACAUUCUUUUUAUUUUGUAUGGGUGAAAUAAAUUUGAAAUUUCAAUAUA